AUGGCAGGAUUUGCGACAUUUGCAGUGAAACCUUUGUAUAGGAUAGUAUUUGAACAACGAAUAGAGCGAAUGAAUGGGAGAUACUCAUCUGGAAUGAAGGUUGGUUUAGGAAUGCUUGCCGCUUUGGUUUGUUGUAAAGUUGCUUGGUUGGUGGAGUAUAUAAGGCUAAAAUCUUUGAAAGAACACGGCUUGUUAGGUCAUCCCGAUGCCAUUGCACCAAUAUCUAUAUUUUGGCUCUCUCCACAGUUUGUACUGAUGGGAAUCAUGGAUGGAUUAGCUCGUGAUGGUAUGGAGGAUUUCUUCAAGUAUCAGGUUCCAGAGUCAAUGAGGAAGAGAUAUGCAGUCGUACUCAUUGAAGUUGUGAUCGGAUGGGGAAAAAUACUGAACAUAGGGUUUAUUAUGAUAUUAGACGUGGUGGUCGAGAAGUUGAGAGUUGAAGAUGGAAGUUGGAUUGUAGACACUGUAAAUCAGAGCCGUUUGGAUCUUUUUUACAUUGCAUUAUUGGUGGUGAGCAUGGCCAAUCUGUUUAUCUUUGACUAUGUUGCAAGUUUCUACACUUACAGUGAUUUUCCAGAAGAGGAAGACAACGACGAAAAAGAAGAUCCACAUGAAGAAAUUAAAACUGGAAAGAAGCAAGACAAGAUGGAACCAACACCUGAUGAAGAAAUUGAACCAACACUUGAUGAAGAAACUGAAAGAGCAAUAAGAACCACCUGA